AUGCUUGUCUCAUCUCAGAAACGUGUGCUGGAAGAGGACAGCUCGAUUGUGCCUCUCUUGAGGGAGGAGGAGGAAGUGGAGACAGAGGACAAGGACUUCCUGAGAUUAUUGAAUAGCCGCACCAAGAAGCCAUGGACGCCUCUCCGCGAGUUGGAAGAGGGGUUGCCAUAUUCGAUAUGUGACGUGAGAGAGGCGUCCAACCAGCACGGGCGGCGAAUUGUGCUCAAAAUCCGGGAGAAGCUAGAUUGCAAAAUACUAGAAAUAGAGGAACUGGAAAGUAAGUUGAAAGAUUUGCAAAAGUCGAAUAAGGAUUUGGAAACUGAGAAAGGAGCGAGUGAAUCAGCCAGUGAUAAGCUGAAGAAACUUGAGGAGAGAGUUGGUGAAUUGAAUAUUAUUGAACGGGACUUGAUGAGCGAGAUAGAACGCCUAACGGAGAUUAACAGACGUCAACACGAUCGCAUCCAACAUUUGGAGAAUCGACUCUCGGAAACUGAGAAAAAGUUGGCUGAAAACGAGGCAGAAAACAACGCUAGGAAAACAGCAGAGAGAGAUUCAGCAGUGGACACUCGGCCAGUGAAAACUGCAGCCAAAUCAGUGCAGGCAAGAGCUAAAUCCAAAGAUGAAACGGAUACUAAUAGCAGUAGUGACUCUAAUAAAAACAUCAGUGAUCCAGUUCCGAAAUCCGAUCGUUUCGCCUCUUUCAAGUCGAAAAAAUCGACAAUGGAAAGCGAAAGAAGGUCGAAAGAAAGAGAGAAAGAGAAGGCACAAGAUGAAGAGAAGAUGAAAAGAGAGAGACAGUUAUUGGAUGAUGAAAGGAAGAGGUUGGAGGAAACCAUCAGGAAUCUGACAGAGAAACAAACUGAGCUCAUAAAUAAGUUACAUGAAGCUUAUGAUGGGACUGCCAGGCUAAAUGAACAGGGCACAUCUUCUACAGAUAAAGAACUGAUUAUCAAGCUGGAGCGUUUGCAAGCAGAGAAAGACACUUAUCAGAAGGAAUUGACCAAGAUUCGUGAACAAAUAUCAAACCUGGUCGAUUCAAAUGCAUCAAAUGAGCCAGGCUUGCGUAACCAGUCGCCAUCUUGUAUCCUACAGCGUCUAGAGACGGAGCUUGACUUUUAUCAGAAAGAAUUCAACCGACUCCAGAAGCAGAUUAGCAGCAAUGUGAACCCCUCCAGUCACGACCAAUCGGAAGUUGGAGAACUUAGAGAGAAACUGAAUGAGAAAGAGAGAGAGAUAUGUUGACUAAAAGAGAAAUUGAGAGAUCUGUGUGCCCAGCAGAGAGUCUCUCCUAUACAGCAUCCAUCGCAAAAUGGCGCUAUUCUAAGACUGGAAAUGGAGAGAGAUUCAGCGAAAGCGGAUUGUUCAAGACUGGAGGAAGAUAGAAAUGCUCUGAAAGAAAAACUGAGA